GUGCUUUCCGUGGCAGUUCUACUCCAGGACAACGAUUUAACACCGAAGUUAAUGACAAUUGAUUUUUAUUUAUUGAAUGGUGCUUGUGAAUAUUCCCAGACGACAAGGACGAUUUACAUUCCAGAGACAAGUAAUUGAAUGCCUCAUACAAGACUCACCCUUCGCUGGUCAACACAUCUUUCAACUUGGCUCUGGUUAUAAGAUGAUCAUCACAUUUGAACCACUGAUCUCUCUGCUGUCUGAUGAACGCUGUGUAGUGUCCGGUUUCCAAAGAUCCCUCGUGAUUGAUAACAGCAAACAAAGAAUAUCUGUUGUCGCUGAAUGCAGUGUCUUCGCCAUUUUUUGGCUUGGCAAACGACGUCACUUUGAAGACCACCGGUGAAAAUUUGAUCUAUUAUGCAGUUACAAUGCCAGCCAAAUGCCUGGCGUGUGUCCAAAUGAGAUGAAGAAGUUUAUGAAGCGUUAAAGGAGCUUUACUGCCCGAGUAAAAUUCUUGGAAAAGGUGCGACACUUCGCAAACUAGACACCGGCUUGGCUGUGGACAAUGAUGUCGAUCGGCUAGAAAGUAAUCUCGCAGGAGAGGAGUAUGUAUCAACGCCUGUACUAUGCAGUUCAUGAAGCAGAACGGUGAAACUAAGAGAUAACAGAAAGACGCAGCUAAUAUAACCAGCUUAUCUCAGUGGUUCCAUUAGAAACUGCGUAUUUGGGAAUCACGAAUAUACUAAAAUGACACUGUUUCUAACGAAAGUAGGGGCCAUUCAGAUGGCUAGAACAUGAUUCGUGAAUACUAUUUUACCUAUAGUGGAGUUCUCCACUAUCCGUCGUCGACGUGGGUUUUUCCUGAGCAAAUCGGCCUCGACUUGCGUCGGUUCCCAUGCUCGAUAAAAUUCCCCCAAGCUAAGUGACCUUGCCGAUUGGCUCCACUGUGACUUUGCAACCGCUGUGAGUUCCCUGUCGUAUACGUAGUCGCCACAUUGGAAGCACAAGAUGUUACCGUAGCUCAGAUCGACGGCUAUAAUUUAAAAAAAUAGGACCAUUAAUUUUGGAAUGGCAAGACUCAGGCAAGGACUUGAGAAAGUUUCGAAGAACAGAAAAUUCAAGCCAACGUUUUGCUGGCUGUGAUACGACAUAACAGAGGACAUCUCAUAUUACCUAAAAAGUGUUUUUUAGUCUUGGCAUGCUCUUGUAUGUGUCCCCUCAAGUAACAGCCAAAAAAUAUGCAGUGCAGGCACGAAUGGAGGCGAUCCUUGUACGUCUUACAGAGGAAAUACAAAUUUCAACAUCUAUAUCAGGAGAAUGGAUUGUCGAAUACUUUUCAAACUUCAAAUGCCUGUUGUAAUUCGGUUCAAAAGGUAUCAUCAGACAAAUGGUAUGUAUAUUUAUACUGGCACAAUAGUUCGACAUAGAAUGCAAAUUUAACACUCAAGAUCUAAGCAAUUUUGUCGUGUAAUUUAAAAGGCAUAUUUCUAAUGGACAAUUUUCAGCUUGGGUUUGCUAAAAGUAAAUAGGUACUAUAACAAUACUAUAAUUAGAUCUACUAUCAGAAUGCAUAUCUGGUUAAACAAAUCAAACCCCUCCACUAUCCGUGGGAUAAUAUUCUUAUGACUCAGCGAGACAAAGAGAAAAAAAUUUGAUAAAGAAAUAUUUGGGUAUAGAGAGUCCGGGUGAAUACAACUGGGAUUUUCGGAUCAAGUAUAUCACGAUAAUCUUUAUAAUUCCGUAUUGAGAAAAAUGUGCCGACGCAUCUGUCGCGUCGUGGAAAAAUUCUAGAAGAAAGUCUCCUCAGGAAGGACAGAUGGGGGAAAAGUGGUAGGGAACAGACGAAAUCGUCCACUGUAUGCGUGUACAGACAGAUUGCUCCAACGAGAAUUUGCAGAGCGUGAAGAAUACGAGAUUUAUUCGGUGGCACUGGCCAGCCUCGAUCGACUCAUCAGGGGUUGCGAAUACAUAUUUCGGUGGCAAAUGUCAGGAGCACUUCGGGUACCCCUGCCCGAAUUUCGGUGCCUCGUCCCUGAACCAUCCUUCCAUGGUACCUUUCCACCUCCACGAGUUGUUACACGGGUCCAGGUGCGGUUUUUCGUAACAGCUGCGCAAGGUACGCAUCUGAUCCGGAUCUUUUCAAAGCUGUGGAUAGGGAGUCGCCGCAGGAAGCUAGCUCAGCAACGCUUCCACAAUGCCGUACCCUAGCCCUUACUUUUCAAGAAAAUAAGGGAAAACAUAACUGAAAAUUCGUAGCUCCUUCGACCGUGAAACGUCCGAGGUUGACACUUGAAGGCCGUCCGCAGAAGCGAUGCAGCAUUUCAGUAGGUAAGAGACUCCCACGCAUCCCUGAAGAUGGUGUUGAUCGUUUACCACGAAUUCUGAAUCGCUCGGGUUGGGUCCAUCGCUGCACACCAACGCAAUGCAAUGAUAAUAGCAUUUUUCCACGCUCUGAUUGCGCUUAAGGACAGUCGAUGACAAUUGAAUGGCUGAGAGCUGGGACAUAAUAUGCAGGAAUAGGAUGACAAUAUUACAUCGAGCUAAAUUCGGAAACCAAAUUCGAUCCAUCGCGCACCGACUGGCGUAUAAGACGCUACGAUGUAACGGCUGUGCAUGCGAGACGGCAAAAACAUCAUCGUCACGAAUUUCAAUCACAUCCUUCAUUCGAUUACCAACGACCAAAGAGAUUCACGUACCAACGAUGGAACGCUGCAGCUGUACGGUAUCGCGACGUACGAGCCUGAAGUUGAUCUCGGUGAUAUCGAGGGUGAAAGUGACGAAUCUCUGGAGGGCGUUGGUGACGCACCACAGCCGGCCGUAGUCGUCUAAAGCGAAUCCGUCCUGCCACUGCAUGGUCGUGUGAUCUUGACCGUAAAUUUCGAGGGCUUCGGAAAACUCCGAGCCGUCCCUGGUGUUCCAUCGAGCUACGGCGUCGUCCUGCAAAAGUCCCGUAUAGAUAACGCCGGUGUUCGACAUCAUCAUACCGUCGGCCUGCGAUUUCUUGACGCCCAGAUCCACGACGUAAUUGUCGAUGGACGUGAACGAACGGUUCCUCAGAACCUCCACCGGUACGCGAUAGAGGUGAUAGCUCGACAACGGACAGUAAUAAAGUUGCCUGUUACGUCCCGGCGGCGAAAGAGCGAUGCCGUCAACGUUGAAGGGGACCGCUAAGGGCGUCCCGUUGACGGCGAAGGGUAUCGCUCCGACCUGCGCCCUCAUGGUCCUCGCGUUUCGGAUUUUCCAGGACUCGUUAUCUCUCAGGGAAUAAACAACGAUUCCGGGAUCCACGCUGUCGGCGUCCGCGAUAAAAGCCAUGCCGCCGUUUCGAUGGUCGAGAACUAGGUCGUCGAGAAGCACGGUGAGUCCAAAAUGACGAGGCGAGGUGGACAUUUCGCCACUGGAGUCAACCCCAUUGUGUUCGUCCUCCCGUUAUCGAGGACCCACAUUCUGCCACGCGGAUCGAUCUCCACAGCCUGGACGAAUUGGAAGGCAUCGCAAUCGCCCAGAGUUUGCAUCUCCCAGUUCGGAUAAGGAACCAACUCCGGAGCGUUGCGGGGAUUUUCGGGUGCCGCCGAAAUCACGGAGAGGCUGACCGGCACCCCCGUGCGCAUCCUAGGCGUCGUGAGGGACGUUCAUCCGAGGGACAUCUGCAAAAUGCUCCGAAGAGGAAGCUACUGUCGAAACUGUGGGGAUUACAAGGAGGUAUAAACGGUCGUCGAUAUCUCGUCGAUUUCCUACUCGUUAUGUACGGGAUGGCUGGUUUGCUCGGCGACAUUGGGAUAUUGGUCGAAGUUCCCCUCCUGGUGAAAUCGGCUCCCGAGGGUCCGAACUUACCCUCUUACACGGCCGCGGUCCUAGCGAUAGCGAAUGUGGCUCCGAUCUUCUACGUUCUAGUUAAAAAAUUCUUACCCCGAUACUGUAACGAAUUCAUCUGGAUAUCGACUUAUCUCGUUAUCGCAAUAAUAUCCAUAGGCAUACUGGCGCUCUUCUACGAUGUAAGUUCGACGAUCAACGGCAAGCAACGCAGUAUCGUGAUACUGAUAAUGGUAUUUAUAUGCGCCAGUAUCGGGAACUCGAGUUCCGUCAUCCUGCUGCCCUAUCUCCAGAAGUACGAGCCGAGGUAUUUGCCCUCUUUUUUCCUCGGCGAAAGUCUAGGCGGACUAGUCCCAGGGAUGAUAGCUCUCCUCCAAGGAGUCGGGAGCGAUUCCUCUUGCAAAGACGAAUCCGCCAACUCCACCGCGACGGAUCUCCCUGACGAUCUGACCCCGAAUUUUCCGCCCGGCAUCCAUUUCCUCAUACUUUUCAUUCUGCUCGUCUCUUGCACCGCUUCGUUCUGGCUAUUAGAGUACGCGAGGGCCAGAAAUUUUUUCGACACAGGCGACAACCUGAACGGUUACGGUCAGGUACCGUUGACCGAGGAAUUCGUCGGCGCCCACAAGCCAACGAAUACGGAUACGGGGAUCGACCUGAACGGAAGAAACGAAGUGGAAACUCUUUCCGAACGCAGAAAGAAAAACCGCACGAGGAUAUACAUUUGUACGUUGGUCGCAUUGACGUUCUUCAUAGGUCCUGGAAUCGUGUUUGGUACGCAGGCGUUCUCCUGUCUGCCCUACGGUAUCGCCGCUUAUCACCUAGUGUUAACUCUGAUGCAGUUCGCCGGACCCGCAGCUUUCGUUUUUGGCUACUGUCUGUCCACCCCGGGCGUACGGGGAGUCACCUGGAUCUUUGCCCUUAUAUUUGUGCUCUGCGCUUACAUAAUCUGGUUGGCGUUUUCGUCCCCGAAUCCGCUUUGGCACGACGAAACUCGUGGCGCCGUACUGUUGGUGACCGCAUGGGUGAUCGCGUACGCUUUGAUCGGUUACAUAAAAUUAUCGAUCGCCGCUAUCGGUCGGCGAGAUCUCGGCGAGGACGCCCUUUAUCACGUAGGUUUGUCGGGUCGGGUAGGGAUAGUCUCGGGUGCCUUCGUCAGUUUCGUACUAAUAAAUUACACGUCGGUGUUCACGCCGUACGGAAAUUCGUGCCCGUAGGAAUAAAUAUUUCACGGCUGAUUUGUUCAUCCUAUGGAUGAGCAUGUGUGAUAUGUUUAUUGCACGUCCGUUUGUCAUGUUCGUUAUAAUUGUCAAGCGUCGUAAAAUAUCUACGAUUGCACGCGGGCGAACACAUGUCGACUGAUGAAAUUACUGGUAUUGGCGUUCACUUCGUUAAAAUUCGUAGAACACACUUUAUCGACGAGUUAUCCUUAGAGAAAUUUCCAAGGUCCUACGUUACCUUGUCACUUAGUUUUUCAAUUAUUCCAACUUGCGAUGCGAGAUGAAAUUCUCUAUCUGCCGAUAGAUUCUUACACCCGGUCUGUUGUGACGAAUGGAAAAUUUGCUAAUUUCUUCCAGUGUAGUAAUUUAGCUGUAUCACUUUUUUGUUUCACGUAAUUCUAUUUCCGUAUCCGGUAUUUUCAUUAUUUCGAAAAUCGUUUGUACCAUCGAAGAAGAAUUCGAAUAAAAUUCAUGGAUCUCAAAUAAGCGAUGUGAAACGAUGCAAUUUUGGUUGGACCAACGAGUAAUCAGUAGAGAAAUUUAGAUAACUGAUGAUUUGUCGGUGAAACGACGAGCAGUCGUGGAAGUUGUUCAUUAUCAGACCGACCACAGCACUAAUUAGCGUCGCUCAAAGUCAGGUGUACGGUCAUCGUGCUAUCGAAGUGACAUUUCGAAUCGCUACGACGGAAUCACCAUCAAAUUUUUAAAGAACAUUCGCUGAGCCAAUAAAACAUUUUUACCUCGA